UAAAUAAACUUGCCUUUUUUUAUUCACUAACCGGUAGGUGUAGUAAACAUUUGUAGAUGUGGGCAAGGAGGGCCUACGGUGGCCGCGCGCGGUCAAACCUGCUUCUGGAGUAGAGGGGAUGCAGCAGUAAUGGAGGGGGUCACGGUGGGCCAGGUAUUCGAUGCGGAAUGUAUCCUCAGCAAACGGUCCAGGAAGGGGAAGUUCGAGUAUCUGGUGAAGUGGAGAGGCUGGUCGUCCAAGCACAACAGCUGGGAGCCGGAGGAGAACAUUCUGGACCCGAGGUUGCUGGCAGCCUUUCAUAAAAGAGAACAAGAGCGCGAGCUUCUGUUUCAGAAGAAAGGGAAGAGGCCGCGAGGACGACCCCGAAAGAUCCUGCCUCCACCAGCUCCUACCAAGGACAGCCGCUCUUCAUCUUCCUCUUGCUCUGGCCUCUCAUCCUCGCCAGACUUCUCUUCUUCAGAGGAUGAAGAUCACACGAAGAAGGCCAAGCCCAGCCACCGCGUCCACCCUGUCCCCCAAAAACGACCCCAGAUCCUGUUGGCCAAGCUGGAUCCGCCCCGUAAGAAGAAGCGUGGGAGGAAGCCGCUGAACCCCGACCUGAAAGCCUUACGGCAGGCGAAGAGUCGACCUCCUCCUCCUCUUCCUCCUCCUCCUCCACGCCACCACCAGCCAAUCAGAUCUCUGCGAGACGAGUCGCGGCCCGGCGUGAAGAAGCCGCUGCAGCCUGCCAGCUUCACGUAUCCCGGCCUGAGCCGCAGCUCCAGAGACGAGGCCGCCACUGGCUCCCAGACCUCCAGCAGCUCCUUCUCCCAGACCGCCACUGCCAGACCCGGAUCCCUGGGCUGCGUCUGGACCAACCGCUCCCUGUCCGCCUCGUCUUCGUCCUCCCACAGUAAAUCCAGUCCAUCCAAGAAGAUCUCAGAGCUCCGACGCACCGUCUCAGAAACAGGAAGCAGAGCGGACGGCUACAAAGCGUCUCCUCUGAAACAAGGCGGCGGUGCGGCGGCGCUCGGUCUGCACACCGGCUUCCAGGCGGCGGUCCAGUCCCAGAGGAGGCAGGAUGGUGUGGGGGGUCAGAUCGGGCUGGUCCAACACAAGCAGCACAACUCCAGCCUCUCCAAACCGUCAUCAUCCUCACCUUCAUCUCGAGACCGAGCGAGUCAGGCACUGAGUCUCCGAGCGCUCAACCUGCAGAGCGUCAGCAAGGUGGGAGGCGGCGGCCUGCACGGCGGCUUCCGGAGCGGUGCCAUCGUCGUGAAGGCCGGGGGCGGGAGUGCCAAAGAGAUCCGGACACCGGCCGGAGCGCAGCGCUCCACUCAGACAGCCGCGGAGCAGGGGCGGGGUCCGGCGGUGGGGGGCGGCGGCCGGCUGGACGAACGGAAACACGGGCCAAGCUCCCAGAACCGCAGCCUGAACGAGCUCAGCACCGGAGACUCGGAUGAGACCAGCAGUGAGUCGGAGCACGAUGCUGCCAUGUUCCCCGACGACAGCAGGCCGAGCCGCGGGAACGCUGCCACCGAGUCGGACACGGAAACAGAUUGGAGGCCCGCGAGGAGCCUCUUGGAGCACGUCUUCGUCACUGAUGUCACGGCCAACUUCGUCACGGUAACGGUGAAGGAGUCGCCGACCAGUGUGGGCUUCUUCAGCUCACGGAAUCACUGAGGGACCCCAGAACCAACCACGAUCCACUCAGGGUUUCCACGGCGCUCCGACGUUCCCAGGUCCAGGUCCAGGUCCAGUCAGAGACUUAACACCACAUCUGCGAAUAACAACUCAAACGGGAGAUUUUUCUGGUGUUUAAACCCCGUUUACACUGGAUCUCUGACCCGGAACCAGAACUGGAUCAGAACCAGGCAGCUGUUCUUGAACCAGAUCAGAAAACUCUGAAAUAAUUUGCUGGAUCUGAACAUUCCUCACAAACAAAUUCCUCCAAGUGAGCCAUGAAUCGGUGACCGAAAGCGGAUCCAGAUCCAGACCCAGAACCGAACAUCUGAAGAGUUCCUUUGUGAGUUUUUACUCUGGUACUGAUCUGUUUAUAACAGAACCGUCUCAACAGAAGUCGGCUGAAGUGGUCCAAGUUCAACGCCACAGAGAGGAAGAGAACCGACUCAGAUCAAACAAACCUUCCUGCAAUAGAAAGGAGGUUUGAAAGCACAAAGUAAUCAAUCAGAGCACAGGGGACACUGGCUCCGCCUCCAGAGUAACAAAAGUCCACCUGACAGGUGAGCAUGUGGCAGAUUUGUGCUUUCAGGUCUGCCACUGUGCACACGGGCAGGUGUGGGGCAGGUGUGGUUCAUGUAUGGAAAACCAACAGCACCCAGAUUCACAUUCCAGUAAAAAUCCAUAAAUCUGCGUUUUGUACAUCGAUCAUUAACAGAGUCACGUGAUUUAAUUAAACACACCUGUACCAGCAGCAGCGGGCAAACCACAACGUAAAGAACGUGUCGUGUCAAGUUCACCUGGAAAGGUUCCAGGUGUUUUAGCUUCAUUCUGACAGAGGGUCCAUACCUGUACCGAGUUAAUCAUACCUAUACCGAGUUAAUCAUACUUGUCCAGAGUUAAUCAUACUUGUCCAGAGUUAAUCAUACCUGUCCCGAGUUAAUCAUACUUGUCCAGAGUUAAUCAUACCUGUCCCGAGUUAAUCAUACCUGUCCCGAGUUAAUCAUACCUGUACCGAGUUAAUCAUACCUGUCCCGAGUUAAUCAUACCUGUCCCGAGUUAAUCAUACUUGUCCCGAGUUAAUCAUACCUGUCCCGAUUUAAUCAUACCUGUCCCGAGUUAAUCAUACCUGUCCCGAAUUAAUCAUACUUGUCCCGAUUUAAUCAUACCUGUCCCGAGUUAAUCAUACCUGUCCCGAGUUAAUCAUACCUGUCCCGAGUUAAUCAUACCUGUCCCGAGUUAAUCAUACCUGUACCGAGUUAAUCAUACUUGUCCAGAGUUAAUCAUACCUGUCCCGAGUUAAUCAUACCUGUCCCGAGUUAAUCAUACCUGUACCGAGUUAAUCAUACCUGUCCCGAGUUAAUCAUACCUGUCCCGAGUUAAUCAUACUUGUCCCGAGUUAAUCAUACCUGUCCCGAUUUAAUCAUACCUGUCCCGAGUUAAUCAUACCUGUCCCGAAUUAAUCAUACUUGUCCCGAUUUAAUCAUACCUGUCCCGAGUUAAUCAUACCUGUCCCGAGUUAAUCAUACCUGUCCCGAGUUAAUCAUACCUGUCCCGAGUUAAUCAUACUUGUCCCGAUUUAAUCAUACCUGUCCCGAGUUAAUCAUACCUGUCCUGAAUUAAUCAUACUUGUCCCGAUUUAAUCAUACCUGUCCCGAGUUAAUCAUACCUGUCCCGAGUUAAUCAUACCUGUCCCGAGUUAAUCAUACUUGUCCCGAGUUAAUCAUACCUGUCCCGAGUUAAUCAUACCUCUCCCGAGUUAAUCAUACUUGUCCCGAGUUAAUCAUACCUGUCCCGAGUUAAUCAUACCUGUCCCGAGUUAAUCAUACUUGUCCCGAGUUAAUCAUACCUGUCCCGAGUUAAUCAUACCUGUCCCGAGUG